AUGGCGGAACGGGAACAACGCUUAGUUCUGCUUCGGGAUUCAGUCGCCCAACUCCAAUCGCAACUAUGUGAGCUAGAGAAGGAGGUUGCGGAUGACAAGGCCAAGCUGCGAAACGAUCCGGCCACCACAGUUCAACGCCAUGUUCGUCUGCUGCAUGAAUAUAACGAGAUUAAGGAUGCCGCGCAGGGUCUGAUGGGGUUGAUCGCCGAUGCUAAAGGAGUCAGAGUGGCGGAAAUUCACCAGGAGUUUGGAGUCGACGAGAAGGAUUGA